AUGGGAAAGGCAGGUGGACGUGGGGAUUUUGAAUGGGUUUACGAUGAACAACCGCACACAUGGAGAAGAAAAGAAAUAUUAGCAAAGUAUCCUGAAAUCAAGUCCCUGAUGGGCCAUGAUCCACAGUUGAAAUGGGUUGUGUCGGGGAUGGUCCUUACCCAGCUCCUGGCGUGUUACAUGGUUCAUGACCUCUCCUGGAAAUGGGUGUUUUUCUGGGCGUACGCCUUCGGAGGCUGCAUUAACCACUCCCUGACGCUCGCAAUCCAUGACAUCUCUCACAACGUGGCGUUCGGGAACAAGCAGGCGCGCUGGAACCGCUGGUUCGCCAUGUUCGCCAACCUGCCCAUCGGUCUGCCUUACUCGGCCUCGUUCAAGAAGUACCACAUCGACCACCAUCGGUACCUGGGCGGCGACGGCCUAGACGUCGACGUCCCCACUGACCUCGAGGGCUGGUUCUUCUGCACCCCGCCGCGGAAGCUCCUCUGGCUCUUCCUCCAGCCUUUCUUUUAUGCGUUGCGCCCCCUUGUGGUGAACCCCAAACCUGUUACCAGGCUGGAGAUGCUGAAUGCGGUUGUCCAGUUUGUGGCUGACAUCGUCAUCUACUACCUGUGGGGCCUAAAGCCUAUUGUUUAUCUCAUUUCCGGGUCAAUUCUGUGCAUGGGAAUCCAUCCAAUCUCUGGACACUUCAUUGCCGAGCAUUACAUGUUCCUGAAAGGCCAUGAGACCUACUCCUAUUACGGCCCCCUGAACCUCAUCACGUUUAACGUGGGCUACCACAUGGAACAUCACGACUUCCCCAGCAUCCCCGGAAGUAAACUGCCCAUGGUGAAGAAAAUUGCAGCAGAGUACUACGACACCUUGCCCCAGCAUACGUCUUGGAUUCGUGUGUUGUGGGACUUCGUGUUUGAUGACAGCAUUGGGCCCUAUUCCAGAAUCAAACGCGAAUACAAACUCGUCAAACAAGAGUAACAUGUCAGAUAUUUUUGCUUAAGCUGUUAGCUGUGUCAUAUCUGGUUUGCCGUUACAAACACCAGUCCACAA